UAGUGAGAAGUCCAAGAUAUCUGUAGCCAUGGGUGAUAUUUCUUGAGAAAGACGUUCACCUGUGAAAAACCAACAGACUCCUGUCUGUCAGUCAGUCAGAUUGUGUCAGACGGCAUUACGGAGGUGCCGGGGAGACGCGAAGGUGGGCGCGGUGAGCAGAAGCUGGAUAGCUAGUUCGAUAACAGCGGCUGAGAACGUGUUGGAGACAGAAAGUAGAAAGCGCUAAUUAACUCGGAGACAGUGAGCGCCUUUGGAAACAGUCAGCGCCUUUGGAAACAGUCAGCUUCGCCAGGGAUUACGUGAGAGUCGGUUAUUUUUGUUCUCUCUUCACUCGCUCCGUUUGUUUUGAGUAAAAGGGCAAAACAAAUCAGGUCCAAGCCUUAGACGGGCGUGGAGCUCAUGUGAGCAAUAGAAAGACAGAUAUUAAUAGGAACCAAGUCUUCACAGACAGGGGCACGUAUUUGUCAACGGUGCUGACCGAACAAGUGCCCUAACCAACUCUAACAACGGAGAAAAAAAGUUGCCAUGGAAACUGCUCUGCUCUUCCUCUUUUCGUUCCUGGUCUCUGUAGCUGCGCUGUCUGAGCCUAACGGUCAGGCCGAUCAAGAUGGCAAAGAGAAAAAGAUGGAUCCGUUUGUUUAUGAUUAUGAGAGCCUGAGGAUUGGGGGUCUGGCGUUCGCCGUGGUGGUCUUUAUUCUGGGGGUCCUUCUCAUUCUGAGUCGGAGGUGCAGCUGCAGCUUCAAUCAGAAGGCCAAGGCGCCCGGAGACGAGGAGGCGCAGGCUGUGAACCUCAUCGCCUCCAAAGCUGAAGAGGCUCCGAAGGCUGAAACCUAAAGCCUUGCAGACUCAUCAUCCGGACCUGCUGGCCACAGAACCACUCAGAACCACUGAAGACGAUGAUGAUACUUCUAAAAAUCAAACACAAUCAAGUCCUUCACAGAAGAAGAAGACGAAAAUCAGUUAGUCAUUGAGGGUGGGGUGGGGUAGGGGGGGGUUAGGGUGGGUCGGGUCUUGGGGAGGUCAGGCCUUUGGCUCUGUAAAGCACUUUGAGACAACGCCUAUUGUUAUCGGCGCUCUAUAAAUUAACCAAAUUAAACUGAACUGAAUUGGCAGUAGGGUGUUCUCCAAUCAUCUCUAAAUGAACCAAAUUAAACUGAACUGAAUUGGGAGUUGGGUGUUCUCCAAUCAUCUCUAAAUGAGCCAAAUUAAACUGAACUGAAUUGGGAGUUGGGUGUUCUCCAAUCAUCUCUAAAUGAGCCAAAUUAAACUGAACUGAAUUGGGAGUCGGGUGUUCUCCAAUCAUCUCUAAAUGAACCAAAUUAAACUGAACUGAAUUGGGAGUCGGGUGUUCUCCAAUCAUCUCUAAAUGAACCAAAAUAAACUGAACUGAAUUGGGAGUUGGGUGUUCUCUGAGGGCAGCUGACUCCCACACGGCUCUGGGCCAGACCCGUUUGUGACAGCAGCUGCCCUGUGGGGUUUUUGUACAUACUGUUAGACCUCUAGGGUUUGGAUCAUGUACAUACUGUUAGACCUCUAGGGUUUGGAUCAUGUGUCAGUGUCUGUGCCUGUCUUCUUCUCAUCUCUCAUCUUCAUCUGUGCCCUGUUAGCGCCGUCGACCCCCUCCACUGCGUCGUCUUAGGGAGUGCCACUUUUAGCAGGUUUGCCUUCUGCAUCCUGCCCCCCCACCCACACCCCCACCCUCUUAAAGCCCUCCACUCAACUCCUCCUCAACCUCGUCCUGGUCCCAUACUGCCCCCUGGAGGCGAGUGGUGUGUCUUCUGCCUCUUUAGUUGUCCAAAGCCUCGUCGUCUAUUAGAGCUGUUAUUGUUUAAAACAGUUGUUCCUUGUUUUCAUCUUGUAGAUUAUAUAUGAAAUAUAAAACUCACUGAGAUAAAUAUGUACUGAGAUAAAUAUUACAUGGUAUACAGAUAUGUAGGUAUAUUAUAUUUAAGUUGUGUGAGUGUGGGUGCUUUAGCUAUGGGUGUGUAUGUGUGUGUGUGUGUGUGUGUAUUUAUGAGUGUGCACGGGUGACAAGUAGUGUAUGCACCUUACACAUGACAAUCGAACAGCCACCAUUUCCAGACCAAGCACAACAAAAGGAAGUGACCAGAACCAACACUGUAAGUCAUGAGGGGGCCACAAGCUUUCCCGGCAUUUCAGCUCAACCACUGCCUAGUGGUGCCUCCUGAUUGGCCCAUCCGACCCGAAUAACAGGCCGAGUCCCGCAUGAGCCUGGUCCAGAUCAGCCCUCUCCAGCUGCUCUAGGUACCGACAGUUGUCGAGAACCCAAGAACCUUGAGAACCACCGAAAACCAUGCCCAACAUAACCUGGGAUGGUAAAGGCAAUGAUCAGCGGGGGAGAGAGGGAGAUUGGUAAAAUGGCGGUCUUAACUGAGCCCGUGUUUCUGGACCUGAUGCCUGGUCCAUUCUGGACUCCAAUGCUGUCAGGGGGAAAAGCCUGGGUCAUAGGAGCACCACCUUUGUAGAGCCGCUAAACCUGCUUGUCUUUUGUUCCUGUUAUUUCGCAUGUAGCCAAAGCUGUCACCAAACUCAGAAAAAGCAGCUGAAUACCAUUUGCAUUAAGCCAUGUAGAAAUACGAUCACUGUUGCAAAAUCUCUUCAGACCUUCCAGCACUGAUAUCUGUGGGUUUUCAGUAAAACAGGUCAGAUUCACCUAUCGUUGCAUUACAGAGUGUGUAUUUGGUUUUUUUUUUGUUUGUUUGUUUGUUUGUUUGUUUGUGAGUGUGUCUGUGUGCUUUCACACUUCACGUACUAAACACAUAAGAGCUGUAGCUGUAUUGUCAAUGAACUUGUAAUGUGAGAAAUAUCAUGAUUGUUUAUUGCUAUGUCAGUUACUACUUGUGUCACUGUCAAAUAUCCAGUCUUGUUGAGUAAGUUUGAGUAGUUCUUUAAAAAAAAAAAAAAAAAGAAAAGACCAGUUCUUUCAAAAUGACACUUUUAAGAGGCAAUGUUUUCCAUCUUCUCUGUGCAGAUGUACUGUAUAGCGGCCUUUUGUGCUUUUGACUAACAAAUAAAGAAUGCGUCUAACACAACCAAAAA